AUUAGACGUGUUCGCAUCUUUCAGAUAAGAAGAAGAACACGGUUUAUUGCAUUGUAAUUUUCGUGUCAUUUUCGAGUUGCUCUUUGUUGAAAGUUUCCGAAUAUUUUAAUAAAAAUGACCACAGGCAUCGCUGGAGAUGUUUCGCGUGAGAAGGCGCUCAUGGAUUACAGGAAAAAAUUGUUGGAGCACAAAGAAAUUGAGUCCCGUUUGAAAGAAAAGCGUGAGGAGCUGAAAGAGCUCACGAAACAAUACGACAAAUCGGAGAAUGACCUGAAGGCUCUGCAAAGUGUUGGCCAAAUCGUAGGAGAAGUCCUCAAGCAGCUUACCGAAGACAAAUUUAUUGUAAAAGCGACCAACGGUCCACGGUAUGUCGUCGGAUGCCGCAGACAACUCGACAAAACUAAACUGAAGUCCGGCACUCGCGUCGCCCUGGACAUGACCACGCUCACCAUAAUGCGCUAUCUGCCACGGGAGGUUGAUCCUCUCGUCUACAACAUGUCCCAUGAAGACCCAGGCGAGGUGAAGUACUCGGCAAUCGGCGGUUUGUCGGAACAGAUUCGUGAGCUCCGAGAAGUGAUUGAGCUGCCUCUAAUGAAUCCUGAACUGUUCCUGCGUGUCGGUAUCACACCGCCGAAAGGAUGUCUUCUGUACGGACCACCGGGAACCGGCAAAACGCUCCUGGCUCGUGCCGUUGCCUCGCAGCUCGACGCGAAUUUCCUCAAGGUCGUCUCCAGUGCGAUCGUCGACAAGUACAUAGGCGAGAGCGCACGUCUGAUCCGGGAAAUGUUCAACUACGCAAGAGAUCACCAGCCCUGCAUCAUCUUCAUGGACGAAAUCGAUGCUAUUGGUGGCAGGAGAUUCUCAGAGGGCACCUCGGCGGAUCGUGAAAUCCAGCGGACGCUGAUGGAGCUGCUGAACCAGAUGGACGGCUUCGACUCCCUGGGUCAGGUCAAGAUGAUAAUGGCCACGAACCGACCCGACACUUUGGAUCCCGCCCUGUUGCGCCCCGGUCGCUUGGACAGGAAAAUUGAAAUUCCGCUGCCAAACGAACAAGCUCGUUUGGAAAUUCUCAAAAUCCACGCCGGGCCGAUAGCCAAGCACGGCGACAUCGACUACGAGGCCAUCGUGAAGCUGUCGGACAACUUCAACGGAGCCGAUCUUAGGAAUGUUUGCACCGAGGCCGGUCUGUUCGCAAUCAGAGCCGAACGGGAGUACGUGAUCCAGGAAGACUUCAUGAAGGCCGUGCGGAAAGUGGCGGACAACAAGAAACUGGAAAGCAAACUGGACUACAAACCCGUGUAACCGCCAACGAGAAACAAUGCGUGUGGGAGUGUCUUGCGAUUUAUUCUUUAUAUACAUGAUCAGUUUUUUUGCUUACGAAAACUACAUUAAACUUAGUUACACCGAA